AUGUUUUCUUUAAAUUUCGUUGCUGUCUUGUCAACUCUCGCACUGGUCAGCCCUGGCCAUUCCUAUCCUUCCAACGUCAAGCAGGAUUCUUCAACAUCUAGUGCCUUGCCAGUUUGCGGACCGGUUGUCCAGUCAUGCCAAUGUCCUGAAGGGAACAUUUACUCAUCCGUAUCCACUUAUGGAUUCUAUCCUGCCACCGCCAAAGAUGUUCAAAGCAUCACAGCAUCAUCUUUCAGUGACCUGAGCUACAUUGGCCUCAACGUCACAAACAGCACCGGUCAAGGCUUCGAGAUUGGGUCCUCUCGCACCUUCACGCUUGAUUGGGACGCUUCAAUUGAGCCCAUUUCCGUUACGGAAGUGCUGACUACCUACAACGAGUACCCUGACAAUGGGGGAUUUAACAUGACCUGGGACAUGGGCAACCUCCCCUUUCACUACACGCGACCAAAUGGCGAGGAGGCGACUGUCGGUGGUUUCUGGAGCUACGAGGAGCUGAGACAAGUUGGUGAUUACUCAUUCUUCCUCUGGUCGACCUGGUCUUGUUUCGGUGAUGUGUUUGAUUUCAGCGGUUUCCAUGAGCUCGUAUUUCACCGCAUCGCGCAAAUCUUGAAAGAGCAAGGAAAGUCGGACGGCAGCAUCAUUGGCCUGACCACAACUGGUUGA